AAACUCUGCCGUUUGAUACUUAAGGAUAUAUUUUUCCAAGGUGCCAUCGAUAUGAGCUAUAUUAACUGUACUUCUUUUUUAUUUAUGUUCAGAUAAACCGGAUCUGCGGCGAUCUUUUUCAUGCUUUAUAUUAUUGGAAACUCAAGCGUUACGUGACAGUAGUUAAAUUGGAUUAGCGGUAAAUUAAUCCCUCGUUGAAUGGAGGAGUAGCUGCUAGUUAGCUGGACCAGCUGGUUUUACAUUUAGCUGUCCUUUCCAAACAUGCCUUAGCUUUCCUCAGCUGUCUCACCAGUUCAGGGCGGUAAAGUUAUACAUUAAAUAAAUCCGGGUGUUUUGUUUACAGUAUAAGGCUGUGUCGACUUUUAAGAGGUAAUUUGUGUCUGUCCUAAGUGACUCCAGGUUAACAUGGAUAGUUACAGUCAGAGGUUUGAAUCCAGCUCAGGACGAGAGAGUAAAGUUCAGAAGAAGAAGGGUUCUUCUCAACACAGCUCAUCGUGUUACGAUGAAGGAGAUCGCAAACCAAAGUUUCACUUGCCCUUUAGAAACAUCACAGAUGAUGUGCUGGACCGAUUUGCCAGUAUUCGAAUCCCAGGUAGUAAAAAGGAGCGGCCACCUUUAACACAGUCCAGAAACAACAUAAAUGACUGCUCAUCUUCUACAUCAUCCACCUUGCAUCAUUUUGAAGAAGUGUCAUCAAAGAUCACUUCAGAGAAGGAAAUCUUGGCUCUUUUUGAAAAGAUGAUGGAGGACAUGAACUUGAAUGAGGAUAAAAAGACUCCUUUGAGGGAAAAGGACCUCAACACCAAGCGAGAAAUGGUCUUCCAGUAUAUAUUUGCUGCCUCCAAAACUGGUAGCCUGAGAAACAGCUAUCAGAUAUCUCCUCAGGAAUUCCUUGGUGAACUGAAGUCAGGGGUGAUGGACGAACGUCUGUUUGCCUGCCUGGAUUCAUUGCGAGUGUCCCUUACCAGUAACCCUGUCAGUUGGGUACAGAGCUUCGGGCAUGAGGGCCUUGGACUACUGCUGGACAUUUUGGACAAGUUGCUGUUCAAGAAACAGCAAGAGAAAAUUGACAAAAGAAACCAACAUAAAGUUGUCCAGUGUCUCAAAGCCUUCAUGAACAAUAAGUAUGGCUUGGAUCGCAUUCUAGGGGAGGAGAAAAGUCUUGCUUUACUUGCAAGAGCCAUUGAUCCCAGUCAGUCUGCCAUGAUGACCGAUGUGGUGAAACUGCUGUCAGCCAUCUGCAUUGUAGGCGAGGACAACAUAUUGGAGAAGGUUCUUGAAGCCAUCACUACAGCAGGGGAGUGGAGAGCCACGGAAAGGUUCAGCCCUGUUGUGCAAGGUCUACGAGAUCGCUCCAUUCAGCUGCAAGUGGCAUGUAUGCAGCUCAUCAAUGCCCUAGUUACUUCUCCUGAUGAGCUGGACUUCAGGCUGCACAUUAGAAAUGAAUUUAUGCGCUGUGGCCUCAAAGAGAUAUUGCCGCAACUAAUGAACAUCAGAAAUGACGCCCUUGAGAUUCAGCUGAAGGUUUUUGAAGAGCAUAAAGAAGAGGACAUGUUGGAAUUCUCUCACAGAUUGGAAGACAUUCGCAGUGAGCUGGAUGAUGCGGGGGAUGUGUUCAGUAUUGUGCAAAGCAUGGUGAAGGACAGCAAUGCAGAGCCCUAUUUCCUUUCUAUCCUGCAGCACCUGAUGCUUAUACGCAAUGACUACUUGGUCAGGCCCCAGUACUUUAAGAUCAUUGACGAAUGUGUUUCUCAAAUUGUGCUGCACCGCAGCGGCACUGAUCCAGACUUCAGUUACCGCAAGCGCCUAGAUGUGGACUUCAACCACCUCUUGGAGGUGUGUGUAGACAAAGCUCGGGUUGAUGAGUAUGAACAGAGAGCUUCAGAACUUGCUCAGAAGUGUGACGAGGAGUUUCUAAGCAGACAGGAGGCGCAAGCUCAGCUGGUGAAGUGUGAUGAAAAAAUAGCUGAACUCCAAGCAGAGGUCCAAGCCUUCAGGUCCCAGUUUGGAGUUGUGCCCGUGAGUCUGGUCUCUGCCCAGAGUGGACAAAACUCAUCUUCCUCUGCAUUCCCAUCUGGGGCUCCAACUUCUGUUCCUCCACCAGGGCAGCCAGCUCCCCCUCCUCCUCCCCCGCCUCCUCCUCCUCCUCCUCCCCCACCUGGAAUGCCUCCUCCGUUCGGCGCGCCUCCUCCACCUCCGCCAGGGUUUGGGGGUGCCCUGGGCUCUCCCACCCACAACACACUGCCUUACGGGCUCAGGCGUAAGAAGGAGUUCAAGCCUGAGGCCGCCACGAAGCGCCUCAACUGGUCCAAGAUUCGUCCUCAGGAAAUGUCAGAAAGCUGUUUCUGGGUGCGAGCUGAUGAGGACCAAUAUGCAAAACCGGACUUGCUCACCAGAGUUGCUCUUACCUUUGGAGCACAAAGAAGAGCCAAAAAAGAAGAGGAGGAUUUGGAGGAUAAGAAAUCCGUAAAGAAGAGAAUUAAAGAGCUCAAGGUGCUCGAUCCGAAGAUUGCACAAAAUCUGUCCAUCUUCCUGGGUUCCUUCCGUAUGCCUUAUCAGGAAAUUCGUCGCAUGAUCGUGGAGGUGGACGAGGAACAACUGACUGAACCUAUGAUCCAGAACCUUGUAAAACACCUACCGGAGCAGGAGCAGCUGGAUGCUCUGGCCCGCUACAAGAACGAGUACUCCAAUUUGUCAGAGCCUGAGCAGUUUGGGGUUGUGAUGAGCAGCUUGAAGCGGCUGCGACCUCGACUCAGCCACAUUCUCUUCAGAUUACAGUUUGAGGAGCAGGUGACCAAUCUGCGUCCAGAUAUCCUGGCAGUGAAUGCCGCGUGUGAAGAGGUCAGGAGGAGCUCCUCUUUCGGCCGCUUACUGGAGCUUGUGCUGUUGCUGGGGAAUUACCUGAAUGCGGGCUCUCGAAACGCCCAGUCUUACGGCUUUGACCUGAGCUCCCUUUGCAAGUUAAAAGACACAAAGUCGGCAGACCAAAAGUCAACGUUACUCCACUUCCUGGCGGAAAUAUGUGAAGAGGAAUUUCCAGAUGUGAUCAAGUUCGUUGACGAUCUGGAACAUGUGGAUCGAGCAAGCAGAGUGUCUGCAGAGAAUGUGGAAAAAAGCCUCAGGCAGAUGGAGAGACAGCUGCUUCAGCUGGAGAGAGACCUGGUGACUUUCUCCUCCCCCGAUGACCCUAACGACAUGUUUUUCCCCAAAAUGGAAAUGUUCAGCAAAAUUGCGCGUGAGCAGUAUGGGAAAUUGGUGAUCAUACACAGCAAUAUGGAGAAGAUGUAUCAGAACAUGCUGGAGUACUUCGCCGUUGAUCCCAAGAAGACCUCUGUGGAGGAGCUGUUCACCGACCUCUGCAACUUCCGCUCCAUGUUCACCCAAGCACUGAAGGAGAACCUGAGGCGGAGGGAGUUGGAGGAGAAGCAGACGAGAGCACGGGCAGCGAAGGAGAAGGCUGAGCGGGAAAAGCGGGAGAGACAGCAGAAGAAGAGGAGGUUACUGGAAGUCAAUGCAGAGAAUGAUGAGACGGGCGUUAUGGAUAGUUUGCUGGAGGCCCUGCAGUCAGGAGCUGCUUUCAGAGACCGCAGGAAGAGAGUGCCAAGACCCAGAGAUAACCAGCACCAGACCAUCAGCCCCAGCUCCUACCGCCAGGUUCUCAGACCUGUUAACCAUGAAAACAACAAGGCACCUUUGCAAAGGUCUCGCUCUCGGCAGAAUAUAAAUGCGGGCUCAGCGGUGGCAAAAGCUCCCCCUGCCAAGGAGGCCUGUAAUGAGUCUGAGGGCCAUCCGUCUGCAGCCAGGGCCAAGACAUCUGCAUGUUCAGAGCCGGGCCGCAGGUACAGGAACACUCCGGGUCACGGCUACUGCCUGGAUCGAGAGAGGGUGGUGGAGAGAGAGGUGCUGAAACUGGCUGAGAAAGAGGUGGGGGUUGUAGCAGAGUCCCCGGCCCUCCAGGCGUCCUCCGGUCCUGCAGUCAGCAGCUGUGACACUAACGGAGACUCGGAUGUAGAAGCUCUCCUGGCCAGACUCAGAGCCUUGUGAGGUUCAUUUCUUGUUACCGAAAUAAUGUAAAACAGCAUCGUUCUGCCCGCACAGCUAAACAUGCUCUGAAUGUAACCAAAUGGUCCUCCUUGUGCAAUCUUUAAACAGGAGGAAAAUCACUUGAACUAGUAUGGAAGCUGGCAUGUAUAAACAGCCAGAAAAUUGAUUACAUUUAAAAAGAAAACUCUAAUGAUGGUACAAAGAUAAAAAAAAAAAACCUGCUAAAAUAAAAAGAGCUCACUCAGGAGCCUUUGACAUUCAUUGAGAGAGGCAAAUUUUCAAAAGCAUAUAGCAGCGUACAUUAAAAUUCAGAUGAGAAAAGUGACAGAUUGAACAGAAUCUGACUGCUCUUCGUUGAGCCUGUCGACAUUCCUAAGCACUUUUUGUUAUUAAGAAGUAUGCAAUAUCACAAAAAACUUUAACAUCUCUGUUUUUUAUGUCUGCAUGUUUAUUUUCAAUCACACAUUAGUUUUUGUUAGCAUGGUAUUAGUUAAUGACAAGUAAAAAUAUUAUGGUAUUUAAUCAUUUUUAUGUUACUUUUUCUUUUUUCUUUUUUUUUAAUACCCAUUAUAUUAACAGGGGGUCUUUUGUAUGAAGAACAUUGCCCUGAGUGUGGAAACCACAUCUCUCACAGGAUAAAUAAGUCACGAUUUCACUUUAACAUUUAAUUAGAUGUCAUUUGAUUUUAGCCAGAUUAGAUUUAUUAUUGUUAUUGAUGGAUAUUAUAUUUACACACAAUAAGACAAUGAAAAGGGAUUUAAUUAUUGUCUAAACCAUGUUUCAAAGAAGCAAAAUUUGUGCGGUUUAUCUUCAACAUUCCUUCUGACAUGUUAAAUGUAUUUGUCUGUCUUUGUAUUCAAUUUUAUAGAAACAUUUACAA